AAAUCCUCCACAUUGGCUCUGAUUCUGGUAUUUUAAUUUUCAUUUCAGGCAGUGAAUGUUAGAAAAAUAUCAACCGAAACGCACUGGAAAAUCGUACCCAGGGUUUAUUGUCAUUAUAGUUCAGUUUUAAAAUUCAAAGGAUGGAAGAGCAGUUUGUACUGAGAGUGCCACCAUCCGUGGCGGAGCGAAUAGAACGCCUGCUUAACGAAACCGGUUCCGAUGACAAGUCCCUUGAUUUAUCAUUCUCUGAGGAUGGGAGGAGUGGCUCUUUUGUUAUAGGCAACGAUAGUUUUCCGGCUUCCCUUUUGGACCUUCCUACUAUUUUGGAAUCAUACAAAACUUAUGAUGACAAUAAUCUUAUCAAGACAACCGAUGUUGGCCAAAUGAUUAUGGUUAGAGAAGAGGGUGAUAUUGGUCCGGAUGUGGUGGAGUAUCGUCAUGGUCUUACCCCACCAAUGAAAGAUGCUCGAAGGCGGAGAUUUCGCAGGGAGCCUGAUCUAAAUCCUGAACUUGUUGAACGAGUUGAGAAAGAUCUGCUUAACAUCAUGAAUGGUGGAACUGCUGAAAAUAUUGAUGUGGAUAUGACCGAGCAAGAUGAAGUUGGUGAUGAGAGUGCUCGUAACACUAUGAAGCAAGCAGCACCACCACCUGCAGCAAACCCAGAUGUUUCAGAGGCUGUCACAAAUGCUGGGGAACCUGAGAGAAGUGAUUCUGAUGAAUCUGAUUAUUCAAUUUGAUUUGUGCAUAUUGCUUAGAGCAACAGAUAAAUACAGCUUAAAAUCCGAUAUUCAAACACGUAGCAGACAAUCACAACGCUAAUAGCGAGGAUGAAAACGUAUCGCCAAAAGAGGUCAUAGCAUAGACAACUUUAUUUAUUGUUCUUCUUUUCCAAAACAGUUAGCUAGUCUACAUCAAAUAUUUCAAA